CCUGUGCCUGCACCCUUAAAUACUGAGCCGCUGGCUUGUCCGAUGCACGUGCAUCAGCCGUCGCAGCGAAUCCGUGACAUUCUCGCUGGUAAGGGGUCUGCAAGCAGCAGAGCUUCACCCACGAACAUACUGAAAGGCGUCCAGUUGCCCGCGGAGUUGGUACCAAAGGAGGCUGAUGCGGAUGCGAGUGGUGUGCUUGAUGAAGAGAUUGGUGGGGUUGCAAUGGCAGCGCAAAUGGCAGACAUCGAGGGACUCGAUCCGCGCUCACUUGAGGAGGCAAAACAGCGACCGGAGUGGCCGCGCUGGCAGGAAGCGAUGCAGGAGGAGUUGAAUGCUCUU